GGCUUUAACAACGUAUGACUCAAAGGGCCCUGGCCCAAAUGUAUCUUCCAGCAAGUGGUAUCAUUAACUGGUUUCUCCCUAGCUCUCAUCUCCUCAACAGUCAAUCGGAAAACGUUGUUUGUUACUUCGCGAGGUCUAAUCUCUGCCUGCUGAACAGGUUUUUUAGGAAGAGAAGAUGGGGUUUAUCAUGGAAUUUGCUGAGAAUUUGAUUCUGAGGUUAAUGGAGGAUCCAAAGGAGAGGGACCGGAAGUUCAGGGAGCGUGUAUAUGCAGUUAAGGAUCGAUGCCAAAAGACCAAGGAAAUGUGGAGCUAUCCUCUUCGCCCUUAUGGGUUUUGGACAUUUGAGCGCCACAAUGCGCAGCUUGCUUGGGAUGCUAAGAUUAGCCAGGUACCUGGUCGGAGGGACCCCUAUGAUGACCUCCUUCAAGAUAGUUAUGGCUUCCCCAAGUGAAUGAAUUCACUCAAGAAAGUUCAUUUUCCAUUAGCAGACUGACAAGAAGCUUUCUUGGAGAAACGAGUGUGGAGAUUGAUGUUUAAGCUCUUUUCUUUUUCCUGUCUCACAGUCAUGUAUUCUGUGGACUGUACGGAUGUCAGCUGAUUUCGUAAUACCCUGGAUGUCCGAGACUUGUUCAUGAGUUUGAAUAAUUGCCCAUAUAACUCGUCUAUGGAAUUGAAUGUUCAUGAUUA